AAUAAAUAAAACAGCAAACCCUACGCUCCAUCUGUGCUUCCCAACUUGUGCUUACUCCCUCUACCAGCAGCCGCACUUCCUAUCAGCAGUGGCAGCACUGUUUUCAGUUUCCUUCUAUCUUAUCCUCCUCCGUAUUGCCUGCCGAUCGCCGUCAACGCCCUCACCCGCACUUUCCUUUCUCCUCUUCUUGUCUCACUCUCUGCUGCAACCUCUGGCUGCCACGCCAACCACUUCUUCUGCUGCAGUCCUCCGUCAAUCGUAACAAGAUGCAUUCCAGGGAUAAAAGGGCAAAAGCGGGAUCAUCUAGGGACUCGACAGAUAUGGAAACUCAAAUGAAAAUGAGAAAUAUCAAGAAAGAAAUUGAAUUCCUCACCUCCUCUCAUAUGUCAUGGAAAGACAAAAAGGAGAUUGAGAGUAGAAAAAUUGUUUCUCUGGGUGGAAAGCCUCAAAAGAAGCAAAGACUGCCUUUAAGUGUAGCACGACCAAUCAUGAAAAAGCAGAAGGAAAGAGAACAAAAGAUGGUACAAGAGCAUUCUAGUGUUGGACAAUUUGGUGGGAUGGCUAGUAGUAGCAACUCGAGAAAAUCUUCGGGGAAGCGUAGGCCAGAGGAGCAGGUUCUUAAGUCGAGUGAAGGCUUUUUCAAACAUGGUGUGCUUGAUGUGAAGCAUUUACUACGCCCAUCUUCUUCUAGAAAUAGUGGCCCUUCUAGGAAUAGUGAUCCUUUUAGGAAUACUGACUUUGGAAAUGAAAUGGGCGGUAAAGGUAGAAGAAAAGGAGGAAAAAAGAAGAAUAACAAAAGUAAGAAAAAGGGUGGCGGUAAGAAACGCCAUUGAAAUCAUUCCAUACUUUGAACAUUAUAGUUUUACAAUGAGAAUAUGGAUAUCUUUUCUUCUCAUAUUUGUUGUAAUUUAAUGAAAUUUUGCAUUUUCUUGUUUCUCA